GAAUGGUUUAGGAUCUGUGGUGUUAUGAUUUAAUAACAGUAUAUAUAAUCGAAGUUUUCCUCAUUUUACACGAACUAAAUUUAGCUCCAAUUUAUAUAUAAAAAUUUGAACAUGUAAUGAUUUGAGUUGGGGACAUUUGUUGUUUGAUCUAUAUUACGUAAGAUUUGGACCCGUUUCCCCUUACCUGUGCCACCGGCAUGGCGGCACACAUGAAAAUCACAACAUGUAGACAUUGUCUUAUCAAAGAUUUUUACGCUCUACUUCACAAUCAUUCCCAUGUGAUACAAAGAAUCCACAUACAUGUUCGAGAACCAGGACCCUGUAAAUCAGCUUUUGAAUCAAAUGCGUUCUCAGACGCUCCUCAACUGCUCGAUGAAAUGUCUAGACGAGAUGUUGUAUCAUUGACAGCUUUGAUAGGCAACUUCGCCAGACAAAACCAGCAUAAAGAAGCAAUGACUUUGUUCUCAACAAUGCUUCAUUUAAAUAUUCGACCGAAUGAGUACACUUUUGGUACUGUAACUCGUUCCAGUGUUCUUUUAAAAGAUCUCUACUUAGGCCAGCAGGUUCACUCUUUCGCGAAAAAAAUUGGUCUUAAUUCCAAUGUCUUUGUGGGUAGUGCAGUGUUAGAUCUCUACGUAAAGUUCAGCAAAAUUAGGGAUGCCGAAAGGGCGUUUGAGGAUAUGUAUGAACCAAAUGUGGUUUCUUACACAACUUUGGUUCGUGGUUAUAUUAAAGAAGGGCGAUUAGAUGAAGCUAUUCGGAUCUUUUGGUCGAUGCCAGAGAGAAAUGUUGUUUCUUGGAAUAAUAUGAUCAGUGGUUGUAGCCAAAUAGGACAUAAUGAAGCAGCAGUAAAUUUCUUUAUUGAGAUGUUGAGAGAAGGUGUCAUGCCUAGUGAUUGUACCUUUCCUUGUGCCAUGAUUGCAGCAGCUAACAUUGGAGCACUCGGCAUGGGGAUGAGUUUUCAUGCUUGUGCAGUAAAAUUCUUUGGAGGGCUUGAUUUGUUUCUUGCAAAUUCUUUGAUAAGUUUCUAUGCAAAAUGUGGAAGCAUGGAAAAUAGUCUUUUGGUAUUCAAUAAAUUGCUGACAAGAAAUGUUGUUUCCUGGAAUGCUAUAAUUUGUGGCUAUGCGCAGAAUGGAAAAGGAAACGAAGCAUUAGAAAUGUACAAGAAGAUGAAGUUGUCGGGCGUUCAACCAAAUGAUGUUACCCUUCUUGGUUUACUCUUGGCUUGUAAUCACGUCGGCCUGAUUGAUGAAGGUUAUAAAUACUUCAAUCAGGCAAGACUUGAGGAUCCCAGCCAGGUAAAAGCUGAGCACUAUGCAAGUGUUGUUGAUUUACUGUCUCGUUCUGGGAGGUUUCAAGAAGCAGAGAAAUUUAUCGAUGAUUUGCCUUUUGAGCCUGGAAUUGGAUUUUGGAAAGCAUUGCUGGGAGGCUGCCAGAUCCAUUCAAACCUGGAACUCGGGGAAUUUGCAGCCCGGAAAAUCUUGGAAUUGGAUCCUGGAGAUGUUUCAUCAUACGUAAUGAUUUCAAAUGCACAUUCUGCUGCUGGAAGAUGGAAUAGCGUAUUGAAGGUUAGGGAAGAGAUGAGGGAGAGGGGACUACGGAGGAUUCCCGGAUGCAGUUGGAUUGAAAUUAAAAGCAAGGUUCAUGUGUUCGUUACAGGAGACGAGAGACAUGGAGAAAGGGAUGAGAUUUACAGGGUUCUGAGGUUUUUCAUUGAACGUUUAAUGGAUAGUCAAGAUACACUUCCAGCAGAAAUUUUUGAAUUUAGCCAACCUAUUGCAGCACAUUGAAGUUCAGUAAAUUGUAAUUUUGUUAGGAACAAAUUGAUCAGCAAAAUAAUCUUUUAAUGCAACA